UUACGAAUUCCUCGUACUCGUAUUAAAAUAUAUAAAGAGAAAUAUAUAAAAAAAAACGAUAUUAUUCCUCCUGUGAUUUUUCGAGUUUGCAGCAGACCCUACCGAAAGUAUAUUACCAACGUACUUAAUCAAGAGGAACGAUCGGAUAACGCUACGUGUUCGUUAACAAUGUUUUUUUAAGGAAUAUCCGCCGCUAGUUCUCUUGUCGUCUUAGUCAUUUAAUCGGUGUACGUAAAUAUAACAGCCUUAGGUAAUUGUUAGUGAAGUUGAAAGUUCCCGGGGCGGCUCGACAAUUCCAUCGGUUCGAAUCAGCCGAGCGAGAAUUGUGUCAAACCCGUCGUCGACAAAUUUUGGCUCCAGUCUUAGAACCUGAAAAACAGAGAAAAAUAGAGAAGCCAAAAAAAAAAAAAAAAAAGGAAAUAGAAUCGAAAGAGAGGAAGAAAAAAGAUAGAAUGCGUUUACGUCUAGGAAAACGUGGAUGUUGUUAGUAGUAUAUGUAGAUCGUGAUAUAUCGAUGGAUAUAUAAAAUGAGAUGCGAAGAUGCAAGAGGAAACGAAAAGAAUGGGACGCGGUAACGACGUUAAUAUCGGCGAAUCGUUUUUUCGGUGAUGAUAGGGCGGCUGCGCCUAUCAUCGACUUUAAUCAAGCAUGUCGCGUCAAGAUUCGCCUGAAGCAUCGUUCUCUCCUGGUAAUGGAGUAGACCAGUGUCUAUCGUUGAAGCCAGGAGAAAUGAUCGAUCUAGGGGGAUAUAUUAUCAUAUUGAUCAACGAGAAUGACAAGAUCAAACUGUACGGUUCUCCGGCCAACAACAGGGACACGUUGGAAGCGGUCGACGAAAUUUUGGAAGUUAACGGUAGCAGGCUGGAAAAUUCCAGUCAAUCAGAAAUCAUUCAAUACAUAUGUCAGUGCGUCAGCUCGCGAACGAUAUGUCUGCGAGUGCGGAAGAAAAGGGGAAAGGACAAGGAUACGAGUGACGCGAAACAGACGCGGUUAAUCGUUUCAUUAUCGUUGGGCCGCGGAUUCUUACUCAUCUACGAUACUAAUGCGUAUUACGUAGUGCCGGACGAGUUCAGCUCUGGUCUGGUGCAAGAAGCUUGGGUCAUCGCCAUCGAAAGGCGUGCAAAGGAACGAUUUAAACGGCUCACGUCUCACUGGAGGUUCCAGCCGUGCGAUAUUCUGGACAAAGAGAUCAACGAGGCAGUCGCGUCCACGAGCGGGGACAGCGCGAGCAAAAAUGUGACGGGCAACCAAAUUACCGUGACGCUUGUCGACAAGGAACAGAUCACGAACGUCUUCACUCCUAAGCUAAGCAACGGUACCAUACCUAAGGGCAUAGUGAAAGAAACGAAAGAAGCGAAGGAAGGGAAGGACGCGACCGAGAAACAGCAGACCUGUCCAGAAGAAACCAAGCUUUUAACACCGGUGCAAGGCGGAAGAGUCGGCGAACGACGUGCCAGCAGUCCUUUCCAAAAUGGUCAGACAGAAGUCCUGAUCGGGGAGCUGGAGGGCGGCCCAAGGUCGCCGAGGGGAUCCACGUCUUCGGCGGUGAACGACGCCAAUUUCCUCAAUACACCGGAUGAACGUGACGAUCAGAAGCCCAUUUACAGGUCCCGAAGGCGUAGCGGCAGUGGCGUGACGGACUCGCAGCAGCAACAGCAGCAGCAGCAGAAGCCGCAGGAAGGGCUGGGUCCCGAUGAGAUGUGGGCUCCUGGCGGGCUAGGGCCUCACCGGGAGCUACCAGUCGACGUACCCGACACCCUUCUACAGAAGGCCUACCCCAACAAGACCGGUUUGAACGGGGUGAAACCUGCCAUCCCCCCGAGAGAUCAAAAGAGGGCACCUGCCAGACCGCCGAAAGAUAAUCUACGUUUGUCCACGCAGAACAAUAAUGUGGAGAGCACCGAUAACGCGAAUGCCGAGCCCACGCAACAGCAACUGCAUUCCAUCAGGAAAUAUCAGGAACAGCUGCGGAAACGAAAGGAUGAAGAGGAGAGACAGGAGAUACUCAAUCGGUCGCUACGCGGCUCUACCAAGUUGCACGCGUUGGAAAGCCACGCGACCAGUCUCUCGGGUCAGGAAAAUCUCGCGUACGCCCAGGACGAGGUGAUCACCACCACCGUCAGCCGCGCACCGCAUGUCACCGCGAGCGCCACGCUAGAAGUCGAGGAGCCUCCCAGGCCCCUCACGUACGGAGAGGUCGUCGCGACGCUGGAGAGGCUACAGCUUCAGUUGCGCAAUAUUUCCGGUGCUCUAGGCAUCUCGGGACCCGGCGUGGAAGCGGAACUCGAAGCGGUGCGGACGCUUCUGGUGCAAAGUCGAUUCGCAUCUGCCCUCGCCACCCAUCACGCCCUCAGAAAUCGCUUAAGAUCCAACAAAGUUCUCAAACAUCACGCCGAAGACGCUUCCAGUUUGGCUCGCGACUGUGUAGACAUACUGGAGAAAUGGCAGUCGUCGUCGACGGCAACAGGUGUCGGCGGAGCGGAAACGAUCGCCGCCGUGGAGGAGCUGACCGGAAUUUUGACGAGCUACGAUAUGGAAGCUCUUCUACUCGCUCACGACUCUAUCAUCUCUUACGUCGACGGAUUACAAAGGAAACAGAGUCCUUCGUCCUCGUCGCCGAGCGGUCCUCCGAGCCCUACCUCUAGCUGGAGAGGCUCCCGGGUCGUGGACAACAUUAAAAUUAUCAGAAUCGAGAAAACUAACGAACCUUUAGGUGCUACGGUUAGGAACGAGGGUGACGCUGUUAUAAUAGGUCGUGUUGUACGCGGAGGAGCGGCAGACAAGUCUGGACUCCUACACGAAGGCGAUGAAGUUCUGGAAGUAAAUGGCGUGGAAAUGCGUGGCAAGAGCGUGAACGAGGUGUGCGAUAUUCUAGCCGGUAUGCAGGGUAGUCUGACGUUCCUCGUGCUCCCGGCACCCACGAGUCACAGGAACAAUCUGUCAAGUAGAAGGGAAGACACAAAUCAGAUACAACACAUACGAGCCCACUUCGACUAUGAUCCCGAAGAAGAUCCUUAUAUACCGUGCCGAGAAUUGGGUGUCAGUUUCCAAAAGGGUGACGUGUUACACGUGAUCUCUCAAGAGGAUCCUAACUGGUGGCAGGCGUAUAGGGAGGGUGAAGAGGAUCAGACUUUGGCUGGUCUGGUACCUAGCAAAGCCUUCCAACACCAGCGAGAAUCCAUGAAACAGACUAUCGCCGGAGACAAAUCGACCGUACGCGGCUCCAAGAAAUCCAGUACGUUGUUGUGCGCCAGAAAGAAUCCAAAGAAGAAGAAACGAAACAAGUUCGGGGCGAACUACAAUGACGACGGGUAUCCGCAUUACGCAACGACAGCCAUCGACGAUUAUGACAGCGAGGAGGUGCUUACGUACGAGGAAGUCGCGUUGUAUUAUCCAAGAGCGAAUCACAAAAGACCGGUAGUCCUAAUAGGGCCACCAAAUAUUGGACGACACGAGCUGAGACAGAGGCUGAUGCAAGACAGCGAGCGUUUCGCAGCGGCAAUUCCUCACACGAGUCGUCCCAGGAAGGAUUCGGAAGUGGACGGCCAGGACUACCAUUUCAUUUCUCGUUCUCAAUUCGAGUCCGAUAUUCUCUGUAGAAAGUUCGUCGAGCACGGCGAAUACGAGAAAGCUUAUUACGGUACCUCCGUGGAGGCUAUACGAUCCGUUGUAAAUUCCGGUAAAAUUUGUGUUCUUAAUCUCCAUCCGCAAAGCCUGAAGAUCCUUCGAAAUUCGGACUUGAAACCGUACGUGGUGUUCGUGGCGCCGCCGAGUUUGGAGAAGCUACGACAGAAGAGGAUCAAGAAUAACGAGAGCGUCAAGGAGGAGGAGUUAAAGGACAUUAUAGAGAAAGCGCGGGAAAUGGAGGACAAAUACGGUCAUCUGUUUGAUAUGAUCAUUAUAAAUACGGACACGGAUCGAGCGUACAAUCAGCUGCUGACGGAGAUCAAUUCGUUGGAACGGGAGCCUCAAUGGGUGCCUGCGUCUUGGGUUCAAUAAAUGAGCGCAGGCUUUUGGGAUACCAUCGAGCCAGAUAUAUUUUCGCUGAAACGUAUAGCGAAAGGCUAGGCAAUUGAGAGAGGCGACUUUAAAGUCUGACUGGAGAUACUUCCAAGGACUGGUUCUUUUACUGGUGCCUGUUAUACAAUUUUACGUUUCGUACACGCGCGUAAUUAAACUCCUUGCCAGGCUAUCGUACUUCAAGUACCGCUGGUUUGGUGUAGUCUUCCGUGUCGUAUAUGGUGCCAUCUGAUAUUCGAAGAUCGUCGCGUCAGCAAGCAUUUUAGAGGGCGUGGAAAAUUCCCGUCUUGUUGUGAUUUAUCGUUCCUCGAGCCUCGAGGUCUGGCGUCCACCCAGGAAACAGGCAACGAGAACAUCGAGAUCCUCGACUUUGAAUGUCGAAGGAUCCUGCGAUCAACUGGCGUGGCGCUUGUUUUUCAUCGUAACCGGCAAACACUCUAGUUUUCCUCAGCGUAAUUUGUACCGCGAGAUGCCCCGAGGGAAAAAUCGCUACUACUCCGCAUAAGAUAUUAUAUAAUAACGUUUUCCAAAGAUGUGUGAAUCUUGAAAGAGAUCGUCCUACUUCUUUCAAAAGUCACCAGAUAAUUCCCCAGGAUAACACCGAGCCGCGAAGAAAAAAAAAAGAAGCGAACCGGAACCGCGAAAAUCUUGGACGGCAGCAGCCUUUUCACUCCGCGAAAGAAUCGAAAGACAUUCACACUCGUUCGUAUCUUGCGCUGUCAGGAAUUUUCACGGCGAUCCUAUAGCAGGGAGGCGCGGUCUCUACCGCAGAGUUUUUUAAGUCAAAAAGAAAUAUUUCGCAGGACUUUGCGAGUUGUUAAACGAUUAACGUAAAGACAAGAAAAGAAAAAAAAAACCACGUUUCCUCGUAUUUGUAAUUUCGUGUGAACUAGUAAUUCGGAGAAGGCGGAACUCAUAAACGUUUCAUCGUUCGCCCUAGGCACUCUCUCGUGUUUGUUUAGAGAAAAGAAUCAUAACUUUUAAUCCAAGUAGACAUCGUUAAUGCGAGUAUAGACAUAGGCUCGUGUGUGAACCAGCAUAAACAAAUUUUUAAGAUACUUUGGAAUGAAACAGAAACUUCUAGGGUACUCCUUUCGUUUUCGUCCUCGAGCGACCAUUAGACUUUUCUUCUUUUUGUUUUCUAAUCCGACAUCGAUACUCCAUGUCAGCCACUGUUAUAUUUACCACCCACGUGCAUCCUCUUUAUCCUCGACUAGCAAUAACGCAAGAUGUUUUUCGAGUCGAAGAUCAUCGCUGAAAAUGAAACAUGGUUUCGUGGCUCCAAAGAAAAAAAAAAAGAAAAGAAAAUAAAAAAAAAAACCAAAAGAGUUAAGCGAGAAGAAAUUAAUAGGAAUCGCAUCGACGAUCGAUCGUUUUUAGUUCAGAGAGGAGACAUUUUCCGAGGGUAGUUUAAUUUCGAUGUCGUAAACCCAGCUAGCAGCGAAAAACAAUGUUUCCAAAUGAGAGAAACGCGAAAAAAAGAAAUACUAAUUGCUACCUUUUUAGCUCACUAUUUAAACAAAAGAAAAUUAUGUUAAGAAAUCACGCACGAUGGUCGGAGUAAUUGUGCCAAGUGAUUGGGCCGCGUGUUAAGGAGGACACGAGAACUGAAAUGUGCCAAAAUAUUUGAGUCUCUUUAGAAGAGACUGGGAGAGGGAGAGGGACUUUUGUUCAGGAAUGACGUAUUACUAAAAGAGAAAGAAGGAGGAAAAUGUGAGAGGCAAAGAAAUACAAAGAGAGACAGAGAAGGAAGAAAGGACUUAAGAGAAACACGCUCAACGGCACUUUCGUAUCUGUCAUUAUAUUGAUUCUGUAAAUAUUUGUGCACUUGUAUAGAAAAAAAGAAAGAGAAGAUGAAUAAGAAGUUAUUAUCGUUAUUAUUAUUAAAUAUUAUAAUUAUAUUAAUUAUUAUUAUUAUUAUUACCAUUAAUUGCUUCGACUUUAUUCUUGUUAAUUGUCAUCGUAUCACCCGUAUUCUAUUUUCUCGAGCCAUUUUGAGACACAGCUCGUUUUAAAUCACGCGAACGAAGGUCAGUAACACAAUUGUAUUUUUUAAGUGCUAAUCAAAAAUCCCCGACGGCAGCCUUUAUUUCUGCCUUUUUUUUCGUAUUUUUUUUUUCUUUUUUUAGCUGGACCCGUGCUCGAGUAUGCGGCGUCGUUAAUGCGUUAUGCCCGACAAAUCAAUUAGGAUUUCCGUAGGUAAUGCGUUAACAGUGCGCGCGUAAUGUACAGAGAGACAGAAAGAAAGAGAGAGAGAAAGAGAGAGAGAGAGAGAAUGUGUGAGUUUGGAAUGGUCCCUGUUCGAAGUGUGUGUACAUUAAUUACCGUUGUUCCCGAGUAUUUUUCUCGACAAUCCAACUUCAUUUUAUGUGUAAAAUAAACGUACAACAUCAAGGAGGAAAUCUGUAUGUAUAGGUGCAUACGUUUUGUAUAUACGUACGGUAUAUACGCACACAUGUAUGGGAAGAAUCGAACGAGAACCGAAUAUCAAAAAAACCGACCAUUGUUGUUAAUCUCGAGUCAGCUAUUUUUAUGCCUUUUCGUUUCAUCCAGCUGUUCUUCCUUCUCGAGCCCGUCAAACACGCAUGAAACAAACGGAAGACCGGAAGUCUGAAAUAGUCUGAAUAUACGAAGCGUUGCCUUAUUCUUAUCCUUUUUCUAACCUUUUUUUUUUAACGUCUCCCUGUCCUUGGAGAAAUGCGAAAUUUUUUGAAAAUUUUUCCUGACGGAAUCUGUGUCCAGCAGAGCGAUAUCGUAGAGUUGUAACGUCGUUUAGAAAUCUGUGAUGUGUUAGGUUAAUCGAGUCGCUGUGUAGAUCGUUGAGUAUGGUGCGGGACCGAAUUUAAUUCCACUAUUAUUAUGGGACCGUAAAGAAUCACGCGAACACGCUAACAAAAGUGGCGAAUUGAUAACAUUGCUCGGCGUAGACCGCGGAUUUUUAUGCAUUUUUGAGAAAUUCUAAGUUGCACGUAAUACACAGAGAUAAUGUGAAAUAUCUCUGUAACAUGUAGUCGAUAAAACAGUUUUCUAUCUGAGUUUUUGAUUACAUUCAUAAAAAUGUGAACUUGCAUAAAUAUCCGCAGCCUACUUCGAUGAGAUCGGCUCGUAUAUCCGUCUUAAAUGAAAAUAAAGCACGAAGUGCCAGAUGGCGUGCGGUACUAUAAUUAGCAAUAACGAGGCGCGAAGCUAACAGCGCACAGCCGCGAUAAAAGAUUCUAAAGGAAAGAAAAAGAAAAGGGAAAUACUAAAAUUAGCUUACGCGUUAACUAUAUGUUGUCUAUCUUUUAAAUAGACCGCGGGCAGGAGAUGCAAUGGACCGAUCGUUCGUGAAGAGAAGGGAGAAGAAAAAAUGAAGAAAGCUAUUUAUUUGAGAUGCACGAAACAUUAAACCUGACGAAAAAUGCAUUUCAUUUGGAGUAGAAUUCACCUUGAGAUUGAAUAUUCACGAUUAUUGCUGUUUCUCAAAGAUAUUGUGUAGAUAGACGAUAAACUGGAAAGUUAUCGUCAUAUAAAUAUACAUAUAAAUAUAUAUAUAUAUAAACAGGCACAUAUACAUACAGUACCGCUCAUAAUUAUUUUAUAUUUAUUUCUAUAAUUCUAGUAUAAAGACUAAGCUAACAUGUACGAUUGCUUGGUGAAACAAUGAACACUAUCUCAAAUGAAUUAUAGUUUAUAAUUAAUACUGUUUUGAUUGAGUCGUGGAUUAUAGUAUUAAAUUUUAAUCAUUCCACUCAUCGAUUUUUAAAGUCAUUCGAAUAAUUAUGAACGGCAGUGUAAACGUAUAUGAAAACCAUAGAGAAAAGACAUGAUAAGUCACAUUUCUCAUAUGAGAGCAGUUUUAAAAUUCAGUACAUCAGUUUUGUUAAUCAAUCACAUACUAUCAAAACUACCUUUGUAUCGAAUUUGAUUAUGAGGUCGUCCUUCUGUAAAAUAUUUAUAUCAGAACUAUUGAUCUCGAGAGUACUAUGGUUAUCAUAUUUUAUUUUUUUCACAAAAUUUCAUUGGAUGCGUUAUCUAUCGUUAAAACGUAUAUAUCUUUGGACAGAAAAAUAGGUUGUUCCUCUUUUUAACUACGUUAUAUUAAAGUAAACCUCCUCAUUUCUUUUUUUAACCACGAAUUAAUGUCAGAAUCAGAACAAAAUUGUACUUAUGAUAUUUCUCUCCUGUAAUCUUCGUAUGUAUAUGUAUGUACACAAACGUGAGACUUCAAUCCUAAGGUAAAACGAGAUGUUCCUCGAUAUUGCAAAAGAUCAACAAGAAGUAUCACCAUCGUUUCAGUCCCUGAAUAUCCUCCACACAUUCUGUUACGUAUUAAAUAAAAGUUACUGUAAUAUUUCUAA